UCUAGUGCAAUGAUGGCCGGAACUCGGGCUCAAAUCAAUAUCUUCGUACCACCCGUUUGUCGUUUUCCGGAGCUAACUGUUAUCGGCGGCUGUAGGGAUCCGGUUCAGCUGAUGCUUCCGCGUUUGCCAACGCCCAAUGAAAAGUCGACGAUAUCGGCUAUGGCAGCGGUGACUGCUGCCGCCGCCAUGGAGGAGGAUGUUGGCAUCGAGGGCAGCGGACGUUCUCUCUAUGUCAUCGAUAGGCAGGGGCGGGUGCUGGAGCAUGUGCGUUACCAAGGCACCGAUUAUCGUGGAGCUCUGCGCGCUGCCAUCAGUGCCACGCCCACGCAUUGGAGAGAGUAACAACAACUCAUGAUUAUCCUGAAUCUACAUAUAGAUACGC